AUGGCAGGAUGGGAUCUACUUAAAAUAUUGCUUGAUGAAGUCCAAGAACAUUCCACCCUUAUCGGAAAGGUCUGGUUGACUGUGCUUUUCAUCUUUAGAAUUCUAAUUCUCAGCUUGGCAGGAGACUCAGUUUGGGGAGAUGAACAGUCUGAUUUCAUCUGCAAUACAGAACAACCUGGUUGCACCAAUGUCUGCUAUGAUAAGGCUUUUCCAAUCUCGCAUAUAAGGUAUUGGGUUCUGCAGUUCCUUUUUGUCAGCACUCCAACUUUGAUUUACCUUGGACAUGUAAUUUACCUGUCUAGGAAAGAGGAGAAACGGAAACUCAGGAAUAAUGAAAUGAAGGCCAUUGAAGCGACAGUGUCAAAAGUAAAGAGUGACAGUAAAAAUGAAUCUCCUACUAAGAAGUUUAAGAUUCAAGGAGCAUUAAUGUGUACCUACACAAUUAGUGUUGUCUUCAAAAGUGUCUUCGAAGCUGGAUUUGUUUUUGGUCAGUGGUACCUUUAUGGCUUUGUGAUGCCUCCAGUCUUUGUGUGUUCUAGGAUGCCUUGUCCCCACAAGGUGGACUGUUUUGUCUCCCGUCCUAUGGAAAAAACUAUUUUCAUCAUCUUUAUGCUAGUGGUGUCCCUCAUCUCUUUGCUUUUGAACUUGCUGGAACUUGUCCACCUGGGCUGUAAACAGUUUCAUCAAACUGUUAAUACUGGAGUACCUUUCCAUCCUACCAGGUGCUACACAAACACACAGUCAAUCAAUCUUCCUUAUCUCCAUCAAUCUUACCAUCAUCCUACAGCAAGCAACCAAGAAACAGAGCUGCCAGUUUACAAGAACCCUGAAAGUACCAAUUGGCCUAGUAUUAACACUGAAGAGCAGGUGAACUGUCUAGAGAAAGACAAGGCAUCCUCUGAGUGCUGGUCCCAAAGUGGUUUAUCUGUGGUCGCUACUAAUGCUCCUAGUUUAAAGGCCAACCUGGCUUCCAAUUCAAGCAGUUGCCAGACAUCAAGCAAACAACAGUACGUCUAA